GGAGAAAAGGGGAGGCUAUAGGGUCUGCAUAGGCGGGCCCUCUGCAAAUCUUGCCUCUGCAAGUCUUCUGAGUGAACUUUUAGCUUUAGAUCUUCCUAGCCCUUGUGACAGCUGACUGCUUUUUUUGGCUUUUCUGCUCUGUCUACAGAAGGCUUUGAGGAUGAGGGUGUGGAUUGUAUUCCUCCUGUGCCUGGCUGGCCAUGCCAUGGCUGCUCCUACUGAGGAGGAGCCUAUUGUGGAGGAGGUUGUUGUGGAGGACGCUGUUGUCGAGGAGCCUUUUGAAGAGUACCCUAUUGUAGAGGAGGAGCCUAUUGUAGAGGAGGAGCCUAUUGAAGAAGAGACUAUACAGGAGGAGGAAGUAGAGGUGGGGGCCAACCCAGUGCAGGUGGAGACCGGAGAGUUUGAUGAAGCCAUUGAAGUUGUGGAGGAUGUUAUUGCAGAGAAUCCCUGUCUGAACCACCACUGCAAGAAGGGUAAGGUGUGUGAGGUUGAUGAAAGCAACAGCCCAAUGUGUGUGUGCCAGGACCCCUCCACCUGCCCAGAUUCUGUUGGAGAGUUUGAGCAUGUUUGUGGCACUGACAACAAGACCUAUGACUCCUCAUGCCACUUCUUUGCCACCAAGUGCAGUCUGGAGGGAACCAAGAAGGGCCACAAGCUGCACCUGGACUACAUUGGGCCUUGCAAAUUCAUUGCCCCCUGUGUGGACAGCGAGCUGACUGAAUUCCCCAUGCGUAUGAGGGACUGGCUCAAGAAUGUCCUGGUGACCCUCUUCGAGAGAGAUGAGGACAACAACCUGCUCACUGAGAAGCAGAAGCUCAGAGUGAAGAAAAUCUAUGAAAACGAGAAGAGGCUGCAGGCUGGAGAUCACACCCUGGACCUUCUGGCCCAUGACUUUGAGAAGAACUACAACAUGUACAUCUUCCCAGUGCACUGGCAGUUCGGACAGCUCGACCAGCAUCCUAUUGAUGGGUAUCUGUCUCACACUGAGUUGUCCCCCCUGCGGGCUCCCCUCAUUCCCAUGGAGCACUGCACUACGCGCUUCUUCGAACAGUGUGAUGCUGACAAUGACAAGUAUAUUGCCCUGGAGGAGUGGGCCAACUGCUUUGGCAUCAAAGAGCAGGAUGUGGACAAGGACCUUGUCAUCUAAGCAGAUCCAUGACAGUUCUUGGUCACUAUAGUGGGACAUGGUGAUGAGCAUUAUAUUAAAUUCAAAGUAACGGUGCUAACAGCAAUUUCUAACGAUCUACCUAUACCACUAAAAUUGAAAAAAUAAAAGAUGUGCACAGUCUGUACUAACAAUCAUGAAAAGUGAUCAUUCAAUUGUGUUGUCUUUGUAAAAAAUAAAUGAACCUCUUUACCCAAAUAGACAAAUAAAUAAUACAGCGGUGAGACUGGAGAUGUAAAUGUAUUCAAGUCAUUUAGAUCAUGAUUAUGGUUGUUAUAUGUAUGAUAUCUUUUUUAUUAUUAUUAUUGGGGCUUUGAUUUAACAAUUGGAAAUCUUUGGGAGACAAAUUGUAAAAUGAAAAAUAAAGUUUCUAAAUAAAUGAAAACAUUUACUUGCUUUUAA